AUGAAUUUUAGUGAGGACUUUAAUUUUUUAAGGUUGAAAAACUGAAAGAAGCCUAAAUUGACAGUUUCUCCCAGCUUUACCCAGAACUGGUUGAAUUACUGCAGAAACAGCAUACUGAUUUAUUAGUAUUAGGUUAAUGGUCAAUAUGAGUACUGUCCUUUUACCUUAUGAAAGGACUCAGAGUGGGAAAACAGCAGACACCUCACCCACAAGCAGAAAAACCUGUAAAGUCAUGGAGAUGAACCUGGAGGUCCUCAGAACUGCUGUAAAUGAGGAUCUGAUUGCAAACAGAUGAAGCUUGUGCUGUAAUUGGUUUUACAGAUGCAGUAAGCAGGGUCAUGGGCUCUGUGCUGGGGAGUUUUAGAGCAGCAGCAUUGGGUUCUUGACCUCUGGGACAUUGUUAAGCCACUCCUUACUUUGACCUCUCCUGGAACCUGUGUAAUUGAGUCUAAGUGGCCUCAACUGGUCUCUAGAUCAGUGAAACCACAUUGCUUGGAGUGAUUCUUCCUCCUCCUCCUUCUAUGGUGUGUGGGUGGAAAGGAGAGGGGAACAAAAGGGGGCUGAGGCAUCUGACAUCAAUUAGAAUGCCUCCUUUCCAUUUAAUCUAUUCAGGAUGGAAAUACCAACGAAGCAGUUGAAGUGAACUUGCUGGACAUACUGGCCUCCCACAACACAGACUUUGGCAAUUUUUCACAUGGCUAUGAUGAUGCUAACUGCAGCAUCUUGGAGGUUGGACAGUAUGCAACGCUCAGCAUCCCUUCUGUAGAAGCCUUUGGGGAGAACUUUGCAGAUGAGCUGAGUCUGCUGCUGAUGCUCAGGUACUCUUUGAAGGAGAACACCAGUCUCUUGACUAUCAUUGGUCUUCAGAGCAACAUCCUCUUUCAGAUCAGGAUUACCCCUCACACCUUGGUAUUUGUUGCCAGAAGGGGGCACCAUUAUGAGUUCCCAGUUUCCUCCCUGGCAGAUGGACACUGGCACAGAGUGGCCCUUAGCAUCUCCUUGAACAGGUUGGCUCUGUAUGUGGACUGCUGCCUGCUGGAGAGCGUUGGCUGGUCUGGUUACUUUGGCAUGGGGGUGGCCACGGAGGGCCUGGUGGUUAUUGGAGGUCUCAUCGAGCCCUUUGAGGUCCCUUUCGAGGGUGCGCUGGCACAGCUGAGCUUCUGGAUGGGAGAUGCUGGAGUUGCAGAUCGAUCCUGUCAAGCCUCUUACAGCACCUGCGGAAGCCUCCUGGAGAAAGGAGCUCACCAUGACAGAUCCCACUUCUGGGAGAAGUUUCCCCAAGCUUGGACUCAGGUGCCAAAUGUAACCAAUGAGGUUCACCGAUCCUACACAAAGGGCUCAGAGCUUGCUGAUUCAGAUGUGGCUUUGAAGUCUCCUAUGGUUGAACAAAGAGAUCUUCAGAAGAACCCCAGUACAUUCCCCAGUAGAAGCCCUACAGCUUCAGACAUGGCUUCCAAAAGACCAAAGGAGGAUGGAGAAGAGAUGGGGAUUCUCACUUUCAGAGAAGAGCCCCCAAGCACCACUUACACGAAAAUGACCAGAUCUAGAAUGCUUGGCUCAGAGAAGAAAGGAAAUACUGAUGGCUCCAUUGCCAACAGUAACUCAUGGCCCUCUUCUGAGCUCCAGCAUCUUCAUGUGAUUAGUGACAAUGGUAUCCUUUCUCAAAGCCCUUCCAAAGAAAGUCAACUGGGUAUCAAGAAAGUGGAUAUCACAAGAGCCCUGGAUAAGCACACUAAAGGAAAGCCAAAGGGGGAUAUUGGGUCUUGGGAGCAGUCCCCAACCACCAUCAUAGACCUUGGCAGCCCUCUCACCCUCUUGAAAAUCCCUGAGGAUGGGAAUGAAUUGCCUGAAAACAAACCUAGAGCCUUUCUUCCUAACUCCAGUGUGAAGGGUGUAAUCUUUGUGGAUAGGGGAGUUGUACUUCACCCUUCCAGAGUUUCCGCAGCACACACUGGUGCCACAAAAUCACUGAAGACUCCCUCUGGCAUUGUCAAGGGACAUACCCAUAGACAAAGGACUUUGACUCUGUUGAAAGGGGUUUCCACUCAGAACUUUGGUCCUACCCACUCUUUGCAAUUGAUGGAGCAGCAAAAAAUACUCCUUAAACCAGGACCCCGUGGGCUACCUGGGCCGCCAGGUUUGCCGGGCUGUCCAGGGAGACGAGGAGCAAUGGGACCAAAGGGAGAGAAGGGAUACCCUGGUGGAAUUGGACGAACAGGUCCUACUGGUGACCCAGGGCACCCCGGAGUCCCUGGGGUCCCAGCAGUUGUUCUCUGGAGGAAUUCAAAGGAGGAUUGGCUGUCAUUUACUCAAACCUCAUUUUAUCAGCUUCUUCGUGCGGGCUGGCCAAGCCAGCCCGGACCUCCUGGACUACCUGGUCACCCAGGAAAGCCAGGAUUGCCUGGACCUCCUGGACAUCCAGGGGAGUUAGGUGUAAAAGGAUGGAUUGGAUACCCGGGUGAACCAGGGCCACCAGGCCUUCCAGGUCAUGCUGGGUUUCCUGGUUCAGAUGGACUUCCCGGCACAGAUCAAAAGUCCGGACAGCCUGGCAUCCCAGGUGAACAGGGUCCACAAGGAUUUAGGGGAGACUGGGGGCCUGCUGGAGACAGAGGAGAUGAGGGUUUUCUGGGAGAUCCCGGCCCUCCUGGCGAAAAAGGAGAAAAGGGGGCAAAGGGGGUCAAAGGAGAAUCCGGACCUUCUGGGCCUGUUGGGCUCCAGGGUUUGAUGGGCCCUAAAGGUCUUCAUGGUUUUCAGGGUCUCCCUGGGCCAAAGGGAGAUGCCGGCUCCAUGGGCUGUUCAGGACCUGCAGGGCCUGUGGGUGAGCUUGGGCAACCAGGACUGACUGGAGUGCAAGGAGUUAAUGGCUCCCAGGGAGAAACGGGGCCUUCAGGCCUGCCAGGCCCACCAGGCCCUCAGGGCCCACAAGGCUUGGAAGGGAGGCAUGGGCCCACAGGAUUCAGGGGAUUACAAGGUCGCUUUGGGAGAGAAGGACCCCCUGGAGCCAAAGGACACCCAGGAGAAAGUGGUCUUUCUGGCCUAAGAGGGGUGCAUGGACGAGAUGGCCUAAUGGGGUUGACCGGGAGCCAGGGCCCUCAAGGACCCCCUGGGGACCAUGGGAGCAAAGGACCAAAGGGAAUAAAAGGGGAUCUGGGACCCAAAGGUGACCAGGGUACGUUUGGCCUCCAAGGGACCAGGGGACUUCCCGGUGUUCGAGGUGCUUCAGGGCUUCCAGGGUUUCCAGGGCCCAAAGGAGCAGCUGGACCUCAGGGACCUGAAGGAGAGGAAGGGCAACUUGGUCCCCCUGGUCAAAACGGCACAGAAGGUGCAAAGGGCAGUCGGGGUCCAGAUGGUGCAAAAGGAAGGGCAGGACAACGAGGAAAGCGGGGCCGGAUGGGCCAGCAUGGGCUUGUUGGAAUGCCAGGACCCCCAGGCUUACGAGGCGUUCCUGGGAUUGAUGGUCCAGAAGGAAAGCCUGGUACACAGGGUGUUGUUGGUGCCAUGGGGAGCUCUGAUCAACACGGUCUGACUGGCUUUGUGGGAUUUCAAGGUGACAGGGGACAUGAUGGACCUCCUGGAUCAAUGGGCUGUCCUGGAAAAACAGGGGUCAACGGAGAACCAGGUUCACCAGGACUGAGGGGCCUUCCUGGCAAACCUGGUCUAGAGGGGCUGCAAGGGAUUGUUGGCGUCAACGGCUAUCCAGGAUCAUUUGGUGACAGAGGAAAGCCUGGUCCCAGGGGCAAAAAGGGAGAGCCUGGAAUCCGAGGCCCCACUGGAUUUCCAGGAAAAUCUGGUUCCAAAGGUCCACCAGGGCCAUCUGGCGUGAAAGGCCUCCCUGGCCCACAGGGCAGAAUGGGAGAUGUGGGCCCCAGGGGAUUUCCUGGAACCUUGGGACUUCCUGGUCUACAUGGACAAAAUGGCACCCCAGGAAAGCCAGGACUAGCAGGAGAGGCGGGGUCCAUUGGUCCAGUGGGAGUAACUGGUCCACCAGGGUGCCCGGGAAGAGAUGGGCCAGCAGGUCUAAGGGGGCCCAUUGGAGUGAAAGGAGAAAAAGGUGCCUCCGGAGGCCCUGGUGCAGCUGGUGUCAGUGGGCUCGAUGGAGAGCAGGGUGUCCCAGGCAUACCUGGAGUGGAAGGUCAACCUGGGUUAAAAGGGGAACAGGGUAACAAAGGAGCCCCAGGGGCCGCAGGUGUUCAGGGUGACAUUGGAGAGACCGGAGAGAAGGGCACAGAAGGGCAGCCUGGUGGAUAUGGAGAGCUGGGAAAGGAGGGUGACGAUGGAGACCCUGGAAAUCCGGGAGAUCCAGGGCCAAAGGGAAAAAAGGGCAGCGCUGGCAGCAGAGGACCUUCAGGGCUGCCUGGGCCACGUGGCACUAUGGGGCCAGUUGGCGGAAAGGGUCGCAGAGGAGAAAAGGGACAAGAAGGUUUCUUGGGCCAAGCAGGCAUAGCUGGAACUGCAGGACCUGGAGGAGCAAGAGGAGCACAGGGUGAAAUUGGAGUCCGGGGGCUUCCAGGAUUGGAUGGUCCUGAAGGAAUGAAGGGAAAGCCAGGACCUCAUGGUGCGAUUGGACCUAGUGGUGCUACAGGACUGGUGGGGUUCCCAGGAGAUGAUGGGAGGAAGGGAGAUCAGGGCAAGCCAGGUCCUUCUGGUGCAGCAGGCCCUGUGGGUACCAAGGGUGUUCAAGGUCUCCAGGGUUUUGAUGGUCGGGAAGGAUCGAAAGGAGAUAUAGGUGGGAAAGGAGAGCCUGGCCCAAAGGGCGAUUGUGGUCCCCCUGGUAAAACUGGAGCAGCAGGGCUAGUUGGUCUUGAUGGGCCCCCAGGCAAGAAAGGAGAUCUGGGACAGGAAGGGGCAUCAGGCCAACAGGGGCCUCUAGGUCUACCAGGUCCGGCUGGUCAAAAAGGCCGUAAAGGAGAAAAGGGGCAGCGUGGAUAUGAUGGGCAUCCCGGGUUCCCUGGCAAUCCAGGCAGAAAGGGCAAGCGUGGUAAAGCUGGACCCAGACCUCCAAGAGGCUCCAAAGGCCCCAAGGGCUCUCAAGGUGAACAUGGUCUCCGUGGUCCCCGGGGACCCCAAGGCCCUUAUGGUGUUCCUGGGCUCAGGGGGGGCAAGGGAGUCAAGGGGCCCAAAGGAGAAAAAGGCAUCAAAGGCAUGAUGGGCUACCUUGGUCCCCCGGGGGAUAAUGGUUUUAAGGGUAAGCGAGGUCCCGUGGGCGUUCCUGGGAGGCCAGGACCAAAAGGGGAGCAGGGUGUUGUUGGCCCAAGUGGUACAUGGGGAUCUGCUGGACACCCUGGCAUUCCAGGCACAUUUGGACAAAAAGGCCUCAAAGGCUUGGAAGGUGACGCAGGACCAAAAGGUCUACCAGGCCUGCCUGGCAUGCCUGGUGUUCCUGGACCCCCUGGAACUUCACUGAACAUCUCAAGGGAAGACUUGAAGCAUCUGAUUUAUUCAGCAAGCAAGUUGAACUAUGACUACGUGUGGAGCCUCAUGGACAGCUUGGGACGAGAACUGAAGCUCCUGGUAGAUCCUCCAAAUGGGACCAGAGACUACCCAGCUGCCACUUGCAAAGAGCUUCUGCUGGCACAACCCCAUCUCCCAGAUGGGCAUUACUACAUAGACCCCAACCAAGGCAGCCCGCAAGACUCUUUGGUGGCAUUUUGCAACUUCACGGCUGGGGGAGAGACUUGUAUUUCUCCUGUGCAAAACCAAGUCCCCAUCAAAGCCUGGUUGAGGGCAUAUGCUUUGGAAAACACCUUCCAGUGGUUCAGUUCCCUGCCUGGUGGUUUCAUGCUGGAGUACCAGGAUACAACCACUGUCCAGCUCCGUUUCCUGAAGCUUCACAGCAGCCUGGCCACCCAGAAGGUGUCGUAUUCCUGCAGACCCCAUCCAGAUGGGGGCAAGCUGCAGCUGGAAAAAGAAAUCAAGUUCCUUACCGACUCCCAAGAGCAGAGUUACAUGGCUGUCCUUGAAGGAUGCACACUGGACAAUGAAUCUUCUAUCAUUGACACCAUCUUCCAUUUCUCUACGGAGGACCUUACCCUUUUGCCUGUGCGUGACCUUGCUGUGUUUCACAAUGGGGACGUCUCCCAUCAGUUCGGGUUCACGGUUGGGCCUGUUUGCUUCAGCUAAGAUUGACUUUGAACAAAUGAAUGCAUCUUUCCUCUUGUGGAAGUAAAACUUCAGAGAAAAGAGAGAAAAUCUUGUACAGAACAAGGUGGCCCUUAAAAGCUACUGUUCCUAUUUAUGAGUUCUUUGUCUAAAGUUGCAUUCCUUCUGAAGGAUAUUGUUUUACAACUCAUUUCUAUAUAAAAAGGUGUUAAUUUAAGUCACAGUGGAGAUGUUAUUGAGUUACCUUGAGCAUAGCUGUCAACAUUUCCCUUUUCUCGCGAGGAAUCCUAUUUGGAAUAAGGGAAUUUCCCUUUAAAAAAGGGGAAAGUUGACAGCUAUGACCUUGAGGGAGGCUGCGUACUCUUUUUACGGUCUUUAUAUUUAACAAUCACAGAAUCCUGGUGCAAUUUCUUUCCUCCAGUGUGCAGUGAUGGGGAAAAAUUGAACCUGUUGAUUUUCAACCUAGUCUGUACCUAUUAAAGUUGUUGUGCCUUUAGAAACAUAUUAACCCUUAAUUACAUUUGUAAAAUUCAGCCAGUAAAUUAAUGCAGCUUAGUGGAGCUAAAUGCAAUCAGCAUUAGUCCUAUUUUGAAGUGCUGAAUUGCACAAAUAACCUGUGGUCCCUUUCAUGGGGUCAGUCCAAGGUGACUUUGCUGUUGUUCUGUAUACCCUGUAUCCCUCUGUUCCCAUGAAUCUGCAGUGUUCUAUUCUGAGAGGCAUUAACACUUAGCAUGUUAAAUUAGAGGGAAGGAACUUGAUCCAACCCACGGGCCAGUUCCAUAUAUCUCCCACAGCCUGAAGGCCAACUACGAUGGGAAUGGGGUAGAACUUCACACCGGUCAUUCACAGUAAUGUCAGCUGACCUGUUUUCCUUUGCCCUCAGUGUUUGAAUUCAGUACAGUAGGUUAGUUUCUACAUGCACUCGCACACUCAUCUCUAUCUCCCAUCCAGACAAGCAAGAGGCAUUAUCAGAGUUCAAGGACGCAUUUCAGACAGGCAAAAAGGACCCAAGGAGGGUACCAAACAGGGCUGGUGAGGGGCAUGUCCUAGGGAGAUGCCUGAGGGCCAGAUAGAGAGGUAUAGAGGGCCACAUUUGUCCCCUGUGCCUCAGGUUCCCUGGCAUAGGGAGAGGCCUGGUGGGCCACAUCAGACCAGCUGGAAGUUUACCUUUCUUGGUUUAAAACAACUUGAAAACUGCAGGAUUCCAGAACUUGGUUUGGGGUUUUAUUUUAUUUCAAGGACUGCAAAACAUGAGGCAUGUUUUCCUCUCUGUGUGAAAAGACACAAUUGCAAAAACUGGUCCACCACUGCCUCAUUUUGUCCUUGUAAAGCAAAAGCAUUCCAG